UUCAUUAUAAGACCUCCUCGCAGUUAGGUUAUACCGCCUCUUGUCUUCUCGUCACUCAUCUCACACCUAAAAGCUUCCCUCAGCUUCAAACAAUGGUGUUUGUGAAGCCAUCCAAGUCGAACGCCUACUUCAAGAGGUACCAAGUCAAGUUCAGGAGAAGGAGAGCUGGUAAGACUGACUACAGGGCGAGGAUCCGUCUCAUCAACCAGGACAAGAACAAGUACAACACUCCCAAAUACCGUUUUGUUGUCAGGUUCACCAACAAGGACAUAGUCGCACAGAUUGUGUCCGCAAGCAUUGCCGGUGACAUUGUCAAGGCCUCUGCUUACGCGCAUGAGUUGCCUCAGUAUGGUCUCUCUGUUGGUCUUACCAACUACGCUGCUGCUUACUGUACUGGGCUUCUUUUGGCUCGCCGUGUUCUGAAGAUGUUGGAGAUGGAUGCAGAGUACGAGGGAAACCUUGAGGCUACCGGGGAGGACUUCUCCGUUGAGCCAACUGAGUCAAGGAGACCUUUCCGUGCUCUUCUUGAUGUUGGUCUCAUCAGGACCACAACAGGAAACCGUGUCUUCGGUGCACUCAAGGGAGCCUUGGACGGAGGACUUGAUAUCCCCCACAGUGACAAGAGAUUCGCUGGUUUCAGCAAGGAGAACAAGAACCUCGAUGCUGAGAUCCACAGGAACUACAUCUAUGGUGGUCACGUCUCCAACUACAUGAAGAUGUUGAACGAGGACGAGCCAGAGAAGUUUCAGACUCACUUCAGUCAGUACUUGAAGAAGGGAGUUGAUGCCGAGAAGAUGGAGGAGUUGUACAAGAAGGUUCAUGCUGCCAUCCGUGCUGACCCCAACCCUAAGAAGACUGUGAAACCUGCUCCCAAGGCACACAAGAGGUACAACUUGAAGAAGUUGACCUAUGAGGAGAGGAAGAACAAGUUGAUCGAGAGAGUCAAGGCAUUGAACGGAGCGGCUGGAGGUGAUGAUGAUGAUGAGGACGACGAAGAGUAAAGCACUGGAAAGUUCAGCGUCUCCUGAUGAUGUCUCUUGUAGGAGCUUUUACUUUUUUUGCAAGACUUGAGCAUUAAACUUUUGUUUUCACUUUUUAAUUUCGUUUGAGGAUUUUGAGUAUGAGGAUGCUAUUUUCUUUGAAGAAGUUAAAUCUUUUUGACAUUUUCA